AGCCAUGGCCCCGCAGAACCUGGGCACCUUCUGCCUGUUGCUGCUCUACCUCCUCGGGGCCGUCGUCGCCGGGCGAGAUUUCUAUAAGAUCUUGGGUGUGCCACGCAGUGCCUCUAUAAAGGAUAUUAAAAAGGCCUACAGAAAACUAGCUCUGCAGCUUCAUCCUGACAGGAACCCCGAUGAUCCACAAGCUCAAGAAAAAUUCCAAGAUCUGGGUGCUGCUUAUGAGGUUCUGUCAGAUAGUGAGAAACGGAAACAAUAUGACACUUACGGUGAAGAGGGUUUAAAAGAUGGUCAUCAGAGCUCCCAUGGAGACAUAUUUUCACACUUCUUUGGAGACUUUGGUUUCAUGUUUGGAGGAAACCCUCGUCAACAAGACAGAAAUAUACCAAGAGGAAGUGAUAUUAUUGUAGAUCUAGAAGUCACUUUGGAAGAAGUAUAUGCUGGAAAUUUUGUGGAAGUAGUUAGAAACAAACCUGUGGCCAGGCAGGCUCCUGGCAAACGAAAAUGUAACUGUCGUCAAGAGAUGCGUACUACUCAAUUGGGCCCAGGGCGUUUCCAGAUGACCCAAGAGGUUGUUUGUGAUGAGUGCCCUAAUGUCAAAUUAGUGAAUGAAGAACGAACACUGGAGGUAGAAAUAGAACCUGGAGUGAGAGAUGGCAUGGAAUACCCCUUUAUUGGAGAAGGUGAGCCUCAUGUGGAUGGGGAACCAGGAGACUUGCGGUUCCGAAUCAAAGUUGUCAAGCAUCCAAUAUUUGAAAGGAGAGGAGAUGACUUAUAUACAAAUGUGACAAUCUCACUAGUUGAGUCUCUGGUGGGCUUUGACAUGGAUAUUGCUCACUUGGAUGGUCACAAGGUACAUAUUUCCCGGGAUAAGAUCACUAAACCAGGAGCUAAGCUGUGGAAGAAAGGGGAAGGACUCCCCAACUUUGACAACAACAACAUCAAAGGCUCUUUGAUAAUCACUUUUGAUGUGGAUUUUCCAAAAGAACAGUUAACAGAGGAAGCAAGAGAAGGUAUCAAACAGCUACUGAAACAAGGAUCGGUGCAGAAGGUAUACAAUGGACUGCAAGGAUACUAAGUGAAUAAAAUUGGACUUUGUUUAAAAUAAGUGAAUCAGUGAUAUUUAUUAUCCAGAGGGGCUUUUUGAUUUUGGUUUUUUGGGGGGUGGGUUUUUUUGGGGGGGUUGUUUUUUCUUCAAUAUGCAAGUUUGGCUUACACAUUUUUUCCUUCCAAUGGCCAUCAUGAAAUGAACAAGAUGGCCCAUGAAUUUAUCCAUUUGAAUUCAGAAAAAGAUUUAAUAAUACCUCUCUCUUGGGGAUUUAAUGUCUGGUGCUGCCACCUGAAUUUCCAGAAUUAAAGAAGCAAGACGACUUCAGGUUGUAAAGGAACACAGCACAAAGGGCUGGAGUUCAAUUUUAGCUGUCUCACUCAAGAUGCCAACUGGAGAAGCCUGUUUUUAAAUACAUUUUAUUGUUAUUUUU